AUGCCUCCGCCCAAUCCUCGAGACAGCACCCGGUCCUCGCCUCCUCCUACCGACUACAAGGCUAUUGCGGCCCAAUUUGCGGCAGCCAAACGCCGCCAGCAGAUCGCAGAGGCCGAUAGCAAAAAUGAAGAUAUACAGAAGGAACAAAAGAAAGCUAGUCUGCAGCAGAGGCAGCGGGAAGCCCUCGAGGCUCGCCGAAAAGCCGCAUACGAGCGCCGCUGGGGAUGGACGCUGGGCUUCUGGGUCUGGAUGCUUUGCAUACACAUAAUAGGAAUUGCAUACUUCACGUCGGGGUUCCUGUUGACCAGAUUGGUCCUGGAUGAGAAGUCAAGCUGCGAUGCCAAUCCCGUGGACGGUACAGACGGAAAAGACCUCAGCAUUCUAUCCGAUUGGAAGGGACGGGGCACCGUGGACGGCGGAUGCUGGCACCCCAAGACCUUCGACAAGGCGGUUGUUGUCCUGAUCGAUGCGCUGCGAUAUGACUUCACCGUGCCAAUAGAAGACGAUGCCGAGUUCCACAACGCCUUCCCCUUCCUCCACGAAACGGCUGUCAAGUCUCCCAACAGUGCCUUCCUGAGGCCUUUUAUCGCGGACCCCCCGACGACGACACUGCAGAGACUGAAGGGGCUCACGACCGGAACACUGCCUACGUUUAUGGAAAUGGGAAGCAACUUCGCAGGCAACGCCAUCGAGGAGGACAACCUGCUGAUCCAACUGCGGGAUGCCGGGAAGAAAAUUGUGCACCUUGGAGAUGACACCUGGGAUGCCUUGUUUCCGGAUUACUUCCAGUCGAACAUCAGCAGGUCAUACGACAGCUUCAAUGUCUGGGAUUUGCAUUCAGUUGACAAUGGAGUCCUUGAGCACAUAUUCCCACUGUUACAGACGGACAAAAAGGACGAUUGGGACCUACUUAUCGGGCACCUCCUUGGGGUUGACCAUGCCGGCCACCGAUACGGUCCUGCCCAUGCUGCCAUGACAGCAAAAUUGCGUCAAAUGGAUGAUUUUAUCAGAAAUCUCGUGGAAAAAAUCGACGACGACACCUUGCUAGUUGUCAUGGGUGACCACGGCAUGGACCCCAAAGGUGAUCACGGAGGUGAAAGCGAUGAUGAAGUCGAGGCUGCGCUGUGGAUGUACUCGAAGAAGGCAGUGUUCGGAAGGACGAAACCUGAAUUUGCCAUCCCGCCUGCCACGGCCAAAGUACGACCUGUCAACCAAAUUGACCUAGUUCCGACCCUUGCUCUCCUGCUGGGUAUUCCCAUUCCCUACAACAACUUGGGUGCACCCAUUGAAGAGGCAUUUGCUGGAAAGAAAGGAGAUGCCUGGAACAGCUUGGCAGCAGCAUCUCGUGUGACGGCUGCAGGUAUUCAUCGGUACCAAGCAUCGUACUUUGCUGCUCGUGGCCUCGAGCAGACGAGUGAGGCUGGCACGCCCGCUGCCCUUUUUAGUAACGCCGAAAAGGUCCUUCAGGACGACACCAAAGGCAAAUCCCGCGCGCUAGUGUAUACCGCAUUUAUGGACUACCAAGCAGAGACGCUGAGGAUAUGCAAGAGUCUGUGGGCUAGAUUCGAUGUGCCAAGUAUGUUGAUUGGACUUGUCAUCACUGGCCUAGGCUUGGUCGCUCUGGUUCUUUAUGUUACAAAGGAUGAAGAUGACGACUUCGCCGCCUUAGACAACAUUGAGCUAGACAUUGCGGAGAGGAAACUGGAAGCUGAGGGCGUUGAGGAGGAUUCGAAGGUUCCUUCUUAUCAAGCCCAACAGAAGACUGUGACGUUGGCUGCCCUAGCUGGCGCAGUACCAGGAGCUGUCCUCGGAAUCGCCUAUGCUGCUCUUACUAACGCACAAGACUACCGGCUGGGCGCAGCGGGAGCUGGUAUCGCGAGUACCAUCCUAGUUGUUGGCGCCCUCCUGCGCACCUCCUUCGUGUUGCCCAUUCCAUCGACCUUAUGGGGCUGGAUGGCUGCCUUGUUCACCAUCAGCCAGUCGAUCGGCUUCGCCUCGAACUCGUACACGAUUUGGGAAGACAGUAUUCUGCUCUUCUUUACCACGACAUUCGGUCUUGUGAGCGCGCUUGCUUCUCUCAACAUUGAAAAGCUGGGGGAUCGGUACUUUGCCGUCUACCACUCGAUUCUUUUUGUCCUACUUGGCCGAGCCGUAUCCUUCUCAAAGCUUUGUCGUGACGAGCAGUAUCCUUACUGCAUGACGACCUACUACGCGUCUUCAACCUCUUCUACUUCGGCAACCUGGCACUUGGCCAUUCCUUUCUCAGUCUUUGCCAUUCUUCCCUCCAUCAUCAGGGCGUACUAUGUGCCCACGCGCUCCUAUCACGGCCUGGCACCAACAUGGAUCGGCUAUGCCCUUCGCGCCGCACUCUUCCUUUCUGCUGUGUACUGGACCAUGGACACAGCAGACAACGAGAACUGGGCUACCGGUCUAUCCGAAGGCACGCUCAAGGUCUUCAGUGUGUACACCGCACAGCUGGCCCUAGCCAUCGCCAUCGUCGCUGGCACGACUGCGUUCAUCUGGGCGCCGCCUUGCAUAUCCAUCCUCACGACCUCCACGAACGCCAAGCGCGCGCAAAUUGCCGUUCUAGGCUACGCCAACACCAAUGGCGCCCGGUACCUGUUCCUUCCCCUUAACAUCAUGGCCGCGUGUAUCAUAGUGUCGAAACCUAUGGGCGGCGGCGCCAUGGCGAUCAUGAUGUGGCAGGUCCUAUCGCUGAUGGAGAUCCUGGAUCUGAACGAGCUCACCGGCGAGACUAUUGGGCCCAUCAUGCUAGGGCUACUUGGCAACUUCCAUUUCUUCAAGACCGGCCACCAGGCCGUCCUCAGCAGCAUUCAGUGGGACGCAGCCUUCAUCCCGCUGUUCUCGAUCCGGUACCCGUGGACCCCAAUGCUGGUCGUCCUGAAUAGCUAUGCGGGGCAGAUCCUCGCGGCGGUUUCGGUGCCACUGGUCGUGCUGUGGAAGACGGGACCAAAGCGCAAGGGUGUGCUCGAGAGCGUCAGCCGGGCCCUGGGUAUCUUCAUAAUCUACUACGCCGUUGAGUCCCUGGCCACGAUGGCGUGGGCUGGCUGGCUGAGGAGACAUCUCAUGCUGUAUCGCGUGUUCAGCCCGCGAUUCAUGAUGGCGGCCACCGUGCUGUUGGUUGUGGACCUUGUGGGAAUCUUAAUCACGUUGACGGGCGUUAGAAGCAACACGCUGUCGAUUGGAGAGGUCUUUGGCAUGGCGGAUUAG